AUGCUUGUAAAUGAUGUACAACAGCGGAUUGAUGAUCAUUACGCCGGCAAGCAGCAUAUGGCCUAUGCAAGAAUCCGCGCCACCAUUGAGGAGAUGGAUCGAAAACGUGAAGAGAGACGCAAGGCACUGGAAAAAGAGCGUGAAGAGAAGGAAAGGAAAGAUCGUGAAAAGAAAGAGAGAGACGAAAGGGACCGACGAGACGAGAGGGAUCGGGAAAGAGAACGAGAAAGAGAUAGGGACCGAGAUCGGGAACGUGACCGGGAUCGGGAUCGAGACCGAAAACGCGAUGACAGAGACCGCGGGCAUCGUCAUCGCUCACGUUCGCCGCGUCCCCGACGCGAUGAAGACCGACGUCACGAUCGUCAUUCGGAUCGCUACCGCAGCAGCAGGAGGGACGAGAGAGAUCGAUUUCGCGUAAUUUUU